ACUCUCUGGAAUAUUCUAUGAUACUACAUCAUGAGUGACAGUAAAUGUGACAGUCAGUUUUACAGUGUACAGGUGGCAGACUCAACCUUCACGGUCCUCAAACGAUACCAGCAGUUGAAGCCAAUCGGCUCUGGAGCCCAAGGAAUUGUUUGUGCCGCUUUUGAUACAGUUCUUGGGAUAAAUGUUGCAGUCAAGAAACUAAGCCGUCCUUUUCAGAAUCAAACUCAUGCAAAGAGAGCUUACCGUGAACUCGUCCUCUUAAAAUGUGUCAAUCAUAAAAAUAUAAUUAGUUUGUUAAAUGUAUUUACACCACAAAAGACUCUAGAAGAAUUUCAAGAUGUGUAUUUGGUUAUGGAAUUAAUGGAUGCUAACUUAUGUCAGGUUAUUCACAUGGAGUUGGACCAUGAAAGGAUGUCCUACCUUCUGUACCAGAUGCUCUGUGGUAUUAAACAUCUGCAUUCAGCUGGUAUCAUUCAUAGAGACUUGAAGCCUAGCAACAUCGUAGUAAAAUCAGACUGCACGCUUAAGAUCCUUGACUUUGGCCUGGCCCGGACAGCAUGCACCAACUUCAUGAUGACGCCAUACGUGGUGACGCGCUAUUACCGGGCGCCCGAAGUCAUCCUGGGCAUGGGCUACAAAGAGAACGUUGAUAUCUGGUCAGUGGGUUGCAUCAUGGGAGAGCUGGUGAAAGGUUGUGUGAUUUUCCAAGGCACUGACCAUAUUGAUCAGUGGAAUAAAGUCAUUGAGCAGCUAGGAACGCCGUCUGCGGAUUUUAUGAAGAAACUUCAGCCGACUGUGAGAAAUUAUGUAGAAAACAGACCGAAGUACCCCGGCAUCAAGUUUGAAGAGCUCUUCCCAGAUUGGAUAUUCCCAUCAGAAUCCGAACGAGACAAAAUUAAAACAAGUCAAGCCAGAGAUUUGUUAUCGAAAAUGUUAGUGAUAGAUCCCGACAAGCGAAUCUCUGUCGACGAAGCUUUACGUCACCCUUAUAUUACCGUUUGGUACGACCCUACUGAAGCCGAGGCGCCACCACCUCAGAUUUAUGAUGCCCAAUUGGAAGAAAGAGAGCAUGCAAUUGAAGAGUGGAAAGAGCUGAUUUACAAAGAAGUGCUGGACUGGGAAGAGAGAAGCAAGAACGGUGUGGUCAAAGAUCAGCCUUCAGAUGCAGCAGUAAGCAGCAAUGUCACUCCUUCCCGGUCGUCAUCCAUCAACGACAUCUCAUCCAUGUCCACUGAGCAGACGCUGGCCUCGGACACAGACAGCAGCCUCGACGCCUCGACGGGACCCCUCGACGGUUGCCGAUGAUAAGUCACGAGCGGCAAGCUUGCCAUCAGUGAAGGAACUCCCGCUUCCAUGAGCCUGAAAGGCUUGGGGGUUGAUGGAACCAAAUAGAAAAAAACUCCAUGUUCUGCAUGUAAGGAACACGAUGCCUUGCCCCUGCUCAGUUCCAAUAGGAUUGCCUGCCUAGAUUAUACAAUGAAGCAGACUAUGUCUGAAGAACCCAAGUGCAAGCCACACUCGUAGAGAUUUUGUGCAAGGUCAUUUCAGGUGAGCAAUUAGAAUAGAUGAUUUUUCUUUUUUAAGUUGUACGGUAAUAGUAGUGACAGUUUCUCAUCCUCAGUAACUGUUGGGACAUAUAUGCAUGUGACCACAUGUGCUUGCUCAGGCUUGCCAUCUAGCACUUUGGAAAUCAGUAUUUAAAUGCCAAAUAAUCUUCCAGGUAGUGCUGCUUCCAGAAUUAUCUCUUAAUCCUCUUAAAUAAUUUGGUGUCUGUCCAGGAAAAAAUAGAUUUAUGUGUAUUAAUUGGCCACCAUCAUAUUAUCAUAUCUUACCGUCUUUUAUGGUAUGAUUUAUUCUAUCUUUUGUAUUUCAGAAGGAAUAUAAUUAAAUCUAUUUAAUAAAUAAAAAAUACAACUUUUCUUAAAUUUGUCAUGUUUUGGGCUGAGGAUUAUCACUGCUAAAACCAAGAGACCUAUAUGGACACUUUGUUUCCUCUAAAUUGUCUCAGUCUGGGAUGACUGUACGUUCAGCUUUAUUGCAUGAUAAAAUUUUAAGUUUUGUGCUGCUUAAGACAUAUAUGCCUUUACAGUCCUAAUCUGCCCUCACUCUUUUCUCCUGGUCUUCUGGACUCGUUAAUUUAAAAUGCCACCUAAAACUUCACCUUCUUUAUAAGGCACCUAACACUCCACGUCAAUAACACAAUGGCAGAUUCUCAAAUCCGUUAGAGGCAAGAGUAGAAUUUGACAAAAACGGUCACUGAAGUCAACGGCAGUGACUUCCUCCAAGCGCUUGCUUCCCCCGAGACUGGUCAGGGUCAUUCCCGGGGGAGGCACCAUCUCCCAGGGCAGCAUUUCCGGUUUCCAACCUAACGUUCUUCCUCAAUUUUCUUUCUUUGCUGA